CGCGAGCGCCUUCACCUGUGUUCCGAGGCAGCGCGUCGGACGUGCGGGCAGCGGCGCGAGCUCUCGCUCCGGGCACCAUGGGCUGCACGCUGAGCGCCGAGGACAAGGCGGCGGUGGAGCGGAGUAAGAUGAUCGACCGCAACCUCCGCGAGGAUGGGGAGAAGGCGGCGCGCGAGGUCAAGCUGCUGCUGCUCGGUGCUGGUGAAUCUGGGAAAAGUACAAUUGUGAAACAAAUGAAAAUUAUCCAUGAAGCUGGUUAUUCUGAAGAAGAAUGUAAACAGUACAAAGCAGUGGUCUACAGCAACACUAUCCAGUCAAUUAUUGCUAUCAUCAGAGCUAUGGGGAGGUUGAAGAUAGACUUCGGUGACUCAGCUCGGGCGGAUGAUGCUCGCCAACUCUUUGUGCUGGCUGGAGCUGCUGAGGAAGGUUUUAUGACUGCAGAACUUGCAGGAGUUAUAAAGAGAUUGUGGAAAGAUAGUGGUGUACAAGCCUGUUUCAACAGAUCCCGAGAGUACCAACUUAAUGAUUCUGCAGCUUACUAUUUGAAUGAUUUGGACAGAAUAGCACAACCAAAUUAUAUCCCAACUCAACAAGAUGUUCUCAGAACUAGAGUGAAAACUACAGGAAUUGUUGAAACUCAUUUUACUUUCAAAGAUCUUCAUUUUAAAAUGUUUGAUGUGGGAGGGCAGAGAUCUGAGCGGAAAAAAUGGAUUCACUGCUUUGAAGGAGUGACCGCUAUCAUCUUCUGUGUGGCACUGAGUGACUAUGACCUGGUUCUAGCUGAAGAUGAAGAAAUGAACCGAAUGCAUGAAAGCAUGAAGUUGUUCGACAGCAUAUGUAACAACAAAUGGUUUACAGAUACAUCUAUUAUACUUUUUCUAAACAAGAAGGAUCUCUUUGAAGAAAAAAUUAAAAAGAGCCCCCUUACUAUAUGCUAUCCAGAAUAUGCAGGAUCAAACACAUAUGAAGAGGCAGCUGCAUAUAUUCAGUGUCAAUUUGAAGACCUCAAUAAACGAAAGGACACAAAGGAAAUAUACACCCACUUCACAUGUGCCACAGAUACUAAGAAUGUGCAGUUUGUUUUUGAUGCUGUAACAGAUGUCAUCAUAAAAAAUAAUCUAAAAGAUUGUGGCCUCUUCUAAGUGUUGCAGUUAACAGUAACAAUGCAUUUCAAACCAAAAGAGUACUUCUAUGUGGAUCUCUUUAGACUAGAGUCUUGCAGCAACACAGAAUGUAAUAUAUGGCAAAUGCAUCUGGGACCUGACCAAAGUUGUUCAGUUUGUUUUUUUUUUUUUUAACUGAAAGUAGCAAAAUUACCUUUCUUACAUGUGAAAGGUGAUCUGCAAUAUGAAACUAAGGACAGUGUUAAAGCUGGGCUCUAGUAUAUUGAUGAUUUCUGCAUAAUUGUAAAUAUGCAAAUGUAUGUAUACACGUGUUUGUAACUUUAGUUUCCGCAUUACUUUUAGGUUUUAAGAGUGACACCUUAGGAUUCUAGCGUUAAGACUGAAAAUAACAGAAAAGUGAAGUACUUUGUACUAAAUGACAGACUAUUAUGUUUGCCAGUUUUAAACAGCUUUAUUUAUGUUCAUGUCCUGUAAAUUUUUAAGUACAGUAAUUACUACUAGGCAAAGUUACAGCCCUUAUCUUGAUUAUAUGUAUACUUGUAAUCAUAAAAAUGUUAUUUGUA